AUGUCUACUGAAAAUCUAUCUUGUUCAGUGGAAAAUUGGAAAAGGUAUUUUGUUGUGGGUUAUCUGGAUAUUGUUUUAGAUUGAAACAGCUUGUGGAUGCCUGUAAUAAUUCAAAGAGAAGAUGUGAGGACGUAAAAGAGUUAAUACAGGAGCUGAUGAAGGAGCUACCUUCUACCAGCGACUUGGUAUGUCUUUGUUUUUAAUUUUUUUGUUUAGAUUAUGUUUUUGAAGCAAAAGAUGUCGAUUUAGGUGUCACAAGUUAAAAACAAAGAAGUUUUGUUGGAAAUCCGGAAAAAGGAGCUCGAAGAUAUUAGAAAAUACAGGCGGACGAUCUUGCUGUUACAUACUAGGAGUGAAAAUAAAGACGAAGAAAUUCGUAGGUUUAUUUAGUAUAUUUUUAUAUUAUUUUAGUGUCUAACGUUAUCUUUUUUGGUAAUGUGGUAGUAUAUACUUAAGAGAUCUCUUGACUUGCAAGUAUCGGACAGUAAAUAAACUUGUUUCAUGUUUUAAGAACUUUUAUAUUAUAUUAUCUUUUUAUUUAAAUUGUUAUUUAUUAUCUUUCUAUUAAUUUUUUUCAUUUGAGACUUAAUUUUUAGGUAACAAAUUUGAUGUUUUGUCUAAAGAUUUGGAUGAAACGGGAUUUGACAUUGUGAGGAAUAAAGAGGAGAUUGACAUUGCAACGUAGGUUAAUUUAAUUUUAUUUAUUCUGUUUUUAGUGGAACGUUAACGAAGUUAAAGAACGAGUUGCUAUACAGAAGAAGGUUUAUGUUAGAAGAUCUGUAUCUAAUAUACUUUGUGGAUGAUUGUUACAUGAGGUACUUUAAGAAAAGAUGUCAUUGUAUUAAAUAUGAUCUCAUUUAUGGUUUACACUUGCCUUCUGCUCCUGAUAAACAUGGUGAGUUAUAAAAGAUGUUAUACUACAAUAUAUUAUACUUGUCUACUGUAUUUGACCUUAAAUUAAUACCAAAGUUGUGUCUUUAGAGCAUUCUGAUAACGAAAUUUGUGCCGCUGUUUCCCAUCUCGUCAAUCUGCUGAUCUGCUUAUCGAAGAUCUGUGAUUACUCAUUCAAGUACCCGAUCGUGUUCAAGGGAUCUAACUCAAUGAUUGUGAAACGAUCUAAUGGAGAAUACUUUGACUUCCAUUUUUUGAUAGUCAAAAACAGAACUAAAUUAGUCGAAGCUCUUAGGUUUUUGUCCGAAAAUGUGGUUCAGUUCAGGGCAGACUGUGGUUUAAGGACGACGGAAUCAGAAAGGAUAAUACCUAAUCUGAGAGAGCUGUUGUUAUCUUGUAUUGGACGAUAUUGGUGAGUGUUUUAGCGUCGUUUUUAGAUGGACUUGUGUCUGUUGCUUUAAAAAUGUUAUAAUGAUGUUUUUAUUAUUUUUGUUACCUAAACAGGAAGGUGUUGCUCCAUUUUUAGUGACUUCAUACAAUAUAAAAUGACACUCGAAACUUUAACGUAGACUUUAUUCAGCGCAUCUUUUGACUACAUUCGGCCAAGCCAAGAUUUUCGAUCUGUUGCUGCUUUGAUACCGGUAAACCCGAAUCUUUCCAUGGUGAAGAUAGUAAAAACUCCUCCUAGUCAGCAUCGUACAGCAACAUCAAUAUUGGAUGUUGUCACCGCCAGUCCUUCAACUUUCAUAGCUACAAAAGCAAAGUAA